AUGCGUCCCCUCUGGAGGCUCCUCAUCCUCCUCGGGUUGCUGGCCUUGCCCUUGGCCCUGAACAAGCAGCCUUGGUCUGGCCUGGCCCAGGCCCACACAGACAGCAAAUCCACCCUGGCAAGAAUUAUUGCCCAGGGCCUCGUGAAGCACAACGCAGAGAGCCGAAUCCAGAGCAUCCACCUUGGGGGCAGACUGAAUGCCUCGGCACAAGUAGCCCCAGGGAUGGUGGGCUGGCUAAUCGGCGGCACGAAACUGCAGCAGCAGCAAGAGAGCAGCAUCAACAUCACCAACAUUCGGCUGGACUAUGAUGGGAUCCAGAUGUCUUUCCAUAAGGAGUGGUUCUCAGCAAACAUCUCAUUUGAACUUGACCUUGAAUUGAGACUGCCCUUUGAUGACAACAUCAUAAAGGUGUGUGCACACAUGAGCAUCGUUGUGGAGUUCUGGCUGGAGAAAGACGAGUUUGGCCGGAGGGAUCUCGUGAUAGGCAAAUGCCAUGCAGAGCCCAGCAGUGUCCACGUGUCCGUCCUCACCGAGGCUAUCCCACCAAAGAUGAAACAUUUUCUCCACGACUUCAUAGAGAACCUGGAAAAAGUUCUCCCACAACUGGUAGAGAGUCAGGUAUGUCCUCUGAUCCAGGAAAUCCUCGAGCAGCUGGAUGUGAAACUGUUGAAAAGCCUCAUGGAUGAGUAA